AUGGACGGCCACUACUCCAGAUUUGCAGUCAUCGCGACCACGGAGCAAAAGUCCAUGGAUUUCUCAGAGCCAGAGCAUGGACCCAAGCUCCAAGAUCACUUCCCACGGCCGCAAAUUGAGGAGAAGAAUGGCCGAGUGGCACUUCGAAGGAGCUUCUCGUCUUCCUCCCGGAGGUUUGUCGGCGGCGACAGCUCCGCCACACUUCAGGCCGCUGUGAAAAGGGCCUUCUCCAUGAGAAGGUCCUCCUCCGUCAGGGAGGGCUACUCGAGGAUUCAUGACGAAACCGGCGAGGAGGAGGAGGAAGAAGGCGACGGAGGGUUCACCGAGCAGCAGCAGCGGCAAGGGAGCAACCACAGCGAGCAGAGGAAGAAGAAGAAGAAGCAGCGGCCGGGGAAGUUCUUGAGGACUUGUAAGAGAAUCUUUGGAUUCUAG